AUGUCAAAAACCACAGCUUCUCCUCCUCACAUAGCGCUGUUGCCAAGUGCUGGGAUGGGUCAUUUGCCCCCCUUCCUCCGCCUUGCUUCCAUGCUCUCCUCCAGAAGCUGUACCGUCACCUUGAUCACUGCCUCCCCUUCUGUUUCUGCUGCAGAGUCUUCUCACAUUUCUUUCUUUUUAUCUCAGCAUCCACAGGUCAAGCACAUUGAGUUCCAAGUCCUUCCCUGCAAGCCCUCCUCCAAUCCCACCACUGAUGACCCCUUCUUCCUCCAAUUUGAAGCCAGCAACCGCUCUGUCCAUCAUCUUUACCCUUCACUUGCUUCUGCAUCUCCACCUCUCUCAGCCAUCUUUUCUGACUUUGCAGUGGCUUCCAGUAUUGCUCCUGUUGCUGCUGAUCUUGGCAUCCCCAAUUACAUCAUCUCCACCACCUCUUGUAAGUUUUUCUGUCUCAUGGCCUACCUUCCAGUCCUUCUAUCCGACACUUUGUGUUUUAGCAGCAGCCUCAGUGAAGUCAACAUCCCAGGCAUCACCCCAUUGCCCCUACCAAGCAUUCCUCCUCCAUUUAAGAACCCAAGCCAUCUUUUCACAUCACUAAUUGCUACAAAUGCUCAAGCUCUUUCUAAGGCCAAAGGGAUUCUAAUGAACACUUUCGAUGAUUUUGAACCGGAAACUCUAGCUGCUAUCAACAGCGGCAGAGUUUUAGACAAUCUCCCACCAAUCCUCCCCAUUGGACCAUUAGAAACUUUUGAGCCCAAGAAAGAGCAGGACCAGUCCUAUCUGCCAUGGUUAGACAGCCAACCAGCAGAGUCUGUAGUUUAUGUGAGCUUUGGAAGCAGAACAGCCAUGUCCAGUGCUCAGAUAACAGAGCUGUCAAAAGGGUUGGAGAGAAGCGGAUAUAGAUUUUUGUGGGAAGAGUAG